GGGUUACUAAGUAAAUUCCGAGUUCAUAUGGCACGCUGGGAAGACGCUGGAUUUGUAUAUUCUGUACCGAUUUAAAAUCGUUGCAUUUGUUUCACUUUAUGAUUAAACGUAUCACUGGAUGAUAGGAAAAGCAGCUGAAGUAUAUACAUCCAGUCCAGUUUUCUAGACUAGUUGUAAACGCUGUAUCUAGCUACUAAUAACACGCGGUUCCUUCUGCGUAAAACGACCGCUCACUUGUCCGUAACCCAGAAAGAAACAACACAAGCAUAAUGUCGGACGUGCUUGAUCUCCAUGAAGCGGGAGGCGAGGAUUUUCCAAUGGACGAGGACGGCGAUGAGAGCAUUCACAAGUUAAAGGAAAAAGCAAAGAAGAGGAAAGGACGAGGUUUUGGAUUAGAUGAGGGAGCAAGGUCUCGAGUGAGAGAAGAUUAUGAAUCUGUGGAACAGGAGGGUGAUGAACCAGGCCCACAGCGCUCUGUGGAAGGCUGGAUCCUCUUUGUUACCGGCGUGCAGGAGGAAGCUACGGAGGAAGACAUCCAUGAUAAGUUUGCUGAGUUUGGGGAGAUCAAGAACCUGCAUCUGAAUUUGGAUCGUCGAACCGGUUACCUGAAAGGAUAUGCGCUGGUGGAAUAUGAAACGUACAAGGAGGCCCAGGCAGCUAUGGAGGGGCUGAAUGGACAGGAAUUGAUGGGGCAGCCAAUCGGUGUGGACUGGUGCUUCGUGAGAGGACCGCCCAAGAACAGGAGGAGGGGUGGUCGGAGGCGGAGCCGCAGUCCUGACAGAAGGAGGCGCUGAUCUCUUCCAUCUACGUAUCCGCUGGUUACAGUUGCAUCAGCAAGACCUGAAUAGAGAAUUCUGGAAUGUAGUGAGCAGGUUUGCUGUUGACAUGUCAGAUAUUGGCAGUAAAGGGCUUGUUUAUUGGUUUAGGGAUGCAAUGUUUAAAUUUAAGUAAAAGUUAACAUUUCUAUCAUUUUUAUCCCAUUAUCUGAAUCUUUGUUUAGACUCUUAUUGUAAAGCUGAUUAAGUCAUAUUUUGCCGCCUUUGCAAGUAGCAUAAUACCACUGUCAGUUUUUAAAAUGGUAAAGAAAUUGAUAGCAUAUUUCUGUUAGAGUGUUUAUGUUCAUUUAGACAGAUUUGCGGAAACCUUUAAUGAAAAAUACUGCUGGCCCUUGUUUUAAAGUUGAACUUUUGUAAGAAGAAUGUUUAUUUCUUUAAAAUCUAGCAUUUGCAUUAAAAAAAUAAAUAUUUUUCUUUCAAAGUUUAA